GAUUACAACGAAAAGUGCGUGCAACAAAAAAUAGAGAACAGUUUUGAAGGUAUCUCUGAUUCUGGAAACAAAACGUUAGGUGUGUAUAGAUGUAAAUGUUCGCACAUGCACACUUUCCUCACGGUUACGCUUUUUUGAAAUUUAGCCUUCUGUGAUGUUUUUAAUAACCUACUCUUGUUUACGUCAAUGGCUUCUAAAGCCCGGAACUGAAAUAAUUGGACCUCGUUAAUACAAUAUCCAAAAUACAACGCCACUGUUUCGGGCAUGAACAUACAAACGCAGGGCUUCCAGUGGCACCCAUAGAAAAUGUGAUUGGACAAAUCCAAUCAAUUCUGAAGAGUUACAUAUAAGGCAGGAAAACUAAAAGGAAAUUAAGCGUUCACUUUCAUUGAAAACGAAUUGAGCUGGAAGCAAAACCACGUACUGCUUUUCUAUAGUGUACUACUUUUCUUGUAUAUAAAUUUCAUGUCAAAAAAUUGGGUGUUUUUAAAUGGAUAUUUAAUGGAUGAUUCUGGUAAAAAAAUUUGUGAAUGUGAAAAUAUUAAAGUGCUGUGAAUUUAAAGCGAAAACUAAAAUUUUACUUCCGUGUGGAGUACAGCGUUUUUUAAAAUGAAGCCACAUUAAUUAGAGAUAACUUCCGCAUUCGUGCGUUUGAAACUCGAUUUGAAUUCAUCGAGAACAAGACAGUGUCGAAAUUGCUUCGUCACUUUUUUGAACUAUCAAAAUGCAACACAAUUAAUUUUGUACUACAUAUUAUUUUACAGUGGUAUUUUCGACACACGAAUUUUACAUGUACGUGGACUUUUUGCCAUAUUAGCAUUUCACGCAUAAUUUCAUAUCAUUCUUAUCUCAAUAGAGUGUGUGCACAUGACGUCACACACCCCGCCAUGUUGGUGUUCUAAUUCAAAAGCAUUUUAAUUCAACUCUUUUGUUUGGAACACCAACAUGGCCGCCAUGGCUUUUGUUGGGUUGAUCCCUGGAGAAUGAGUGCAAACGCUCUAUAAGCAUGAAGUAAACUAUAUGUCUACCGUAUAUAACCACUAUUUUAAGAAAGAAACACAACUUCAAUUGUUUUAGGAUAUUCAUUAUAUUUCUUCGCGCAUAAUGAAACAUUAUUGUCAUAUAUAUUUCCCUCUUGUAAUCAAGGUAAUAUACUAUCCAAUGUACUAUUGCACAACUUCGUAUGCACCGUUCAAGUUGGUGUUUUGCGCGAACAAGUCAUACCAGUCAUGAUUUAAUCUGGCGAUAUACUGAUUACUAUACCUUGUUUAAUUUAAGGAUACUAUUAAACGAAAGCAAUGCAGGAAGGCUUGAAAUUGAAACGGCAAAUCAUACCGCACUCUGUUUCUUUUAUUGCCUCCCAUCUAGAUAAAAAAAUCCUGUAUGCCUGUCGCAGGCUUUACUCUGUCAUUAGCAGCUAUAUAUUGUACCCAAAUUGUGGUUUCUCCAUCACGCAUGACGGCAAUGCAUAUUUUGGGCGAAAUAAAUUACGUGAGAUUGAUUGUAAACCACCCAAAUUUGUUCUCCAAAUAUACUGCAAUAAUGGUUACAUUCCAAUUAAUGAGCUGUUCUUCAAUGGUAAUUUGUGUUAAGCACAUUUUCCAGUGGACGAUAUUUACUUCGCGCGAAGACAAGCGAAAAAACUCUUGGUAAUGUGAUUGGUCGGCGAAAAAAUUCGCCGUGAAAAAGUUCAUUCAGUUCCUACUGUUUUACUGAUCGCAGGAACAAAUUUCCCUAGUGGAAAGUGGGAUUUAAACUGACUAGGGAUUUUUCUUUUAUGUGCAAUAUACAAGUAUUUGGUAAAUUAAUUUUGUCACCUAUAUAUACUGAGCAACCCACCACAUACAUUGAGCAAAUUGAUGCAGUAUUCGCAUAUAGUAGUAUAUUAUCUUAUACUACAUUAUUUCUAGUACUAGGCCUUUGUUAUCUUAUACUACAUUAUUUUUUUGUCGAAAGAAUUUUCGAAAUAAAUUUAUCAGCAUUUUAGAUUAAUGAAGGAGGGUUAAUGGACGACUUGUGUUUUUGAAAAAUUUUUAAUCUGGAAAUAACAAAGGCUAUUUUCGCAAAGAAGUUAUCAAAAUUAGAAAAACUGCAAAGUUUGGUUGCGAAAUGUUGUAAAAUACGGAAAAUAUAGCCCUGCAUUUCUAUUACGUGCGGAAAUUGGUAACUAAUUUAGUUACCAAUUCUGCACGCACGUAAUACAAAAGUAUACAAAUUUGCCAACUUUGAAAGGCUAUAAUUUCCGUAUUUUACAACAUUUGCAAACAAACUUUGUAAUAUUACUAAUUCCAACACGCUCUUUCUAGCUGUUGUGAUAGAUUUCGCUGUUCUUACUUAGAUUAAAAUUUAGUCUAAAGCGCAAGUCGUCCAUUUCAAAAAUGCCACUAUAUAUAGGACCUGUGGCAGAAACUGCAUGAACCUGCGUUUCGGUGAUUCCGGUGCAGCGCUCAAACUGCAUGACUUUCGUGACUGAGCUACGGAGUCCAGUUGCUGAGUAUUGUUACAGUCAACAGUUACAGUCAACAGAAAGUCAAAUGUAUUGACUUUCACUUGACACAAUCUUUCCCAGUGAAAUGAAAGAAAAUUGAAUCUCAGAUUUAUUAUAAAGCUAAGUCAAUUGAAGGUUGCUUUCUGACUGUCAAAUCUGACGACCACAAAACUACGACCUCUAUAAAGCCUGUUUUCCUCUAGAUGGGAUUUUGCGCGCGGAGCGAAUUUUUCUUUGUCUUUUCUAAUUAGUUCUACCCGAGAAAUCACAAGAUAAAGAAAAAUUCCGCUCCGCGCGCAAAAUUCCGCCUAGUGGAAAACAGGCUUAAGAAGGAAAAAAAGAAUGUUAUAUAUUCGGCUUGUAUGUUAUUAUGCAGAGGUUGUUUAUAUUAGAAUUCAUAUAUACUACAUUUAUCUGUUUUUUUAAGCUUCAGAUACUACAGCUGCACCAAGUUCAAAGAUGUACAAAUCUUGUAAAGAAAUGUUUAAUCACAACAGGUAUAUUUUUAGUCCUUUGCGUAGACUAUCUUGAGGCGUAAGCUAAGGAAAACGGCACGUUGGUUGUAGAAAAGCAAUUCAAUCAAAACAAUUAAGACCGUUGUGCAAGAUCGAAUUAUAAGAAAGGUUAAGAUACACGGUUUGCUUAAUUCCGCUGUUUACAGGUACGUAGUAAUUUUGUUUACCAAUUAUAUUUUUGCUGAUGUUUACUCAUAAUUUCUACUCGUUUUCCCGCGGUAAAACAUGGUCUACAUGUUAAAGACAAACGGGCACUGGUGUUUCCUGUUUACUUUUUGUGGGCUGUUUAAAGAGAAAAAGGUUUUCUUAAGUUACAAGUCAUUCCCCGAUUUACGGGUACUGGUAGUAUCUUCGUACCCUUAGAUCCCUGUUUACUGCAAAGCAUCGAUCCUUAUCUUUAAAGCCUCGCUCACAGUAGCAAUGAGUGAACUCGAAUAUAAAAGUAUAAUGUCGCUUUUCAGAAGUAAACAAUGACAAUGUUUUUUUGCAUGUAUUCAUUCGAUCACAUUUUCCAGGAGGAGAAAAAUCGCCGACAAUUGCUAGUACGAACCAGGCUUAACUGCCAUAGAACGCAGCGAUACUUAUCUGUGAGGAUGUAAUUGUUUGCAUUGAUUCUUAUCAAUGAUAUGCAUGCAGUAUGUAUUAUUUUUAGAACCACUGAGUAUUUUAACAAAAUACAAAACAAGUGAAACUCCAAAGAUCGAUAACAUUUUUAUUUAUCUACGUUUCGACUAUAUUUCAGUCUUCAUCAGGAUAAACUAGCUGUAGGUUAUACAUCAAAAGCAGUAUUUAUAUAUGAAUAUAUAUAUGAUACAUUAGGUUGAUUAUUAACGAAUUAAUUAAAUACGAUUAGUUCUUUAGAAGUCUUAAUUCGCUGAUUAAGUUCAGGUUUAUAGCCUAUUUUUGAAUAGCGAGGGAUUCCUGAUACAGCAAAAGGGACCAAUGGUUUGAUUUAUCAAUUAUUUUAGUGUUAUGGAAAACAUGUUCAGCCAUUAUGCUGGUUUGAUUAGACUUUGCGUCAUCGACAUCAGGAUAUAGUUCUAAAAUGGCUUUAAUAUGCUGAAAUUGUUCACAAGUAGAGAGGUGUUGAUGGAUUCCAGAUUCUGUGUGAUAUGAAUCACACAGAAUCUGUGAAUUAUAUGAAUCAUACAGAGUUCUAGCUAGUUUAUCCUGAUGAUGACUGAAAUAUAAUCGAAACGUAGAUAAAUAAAAAUGUUAUUGAUCUUCGGAGUUUCACUUGUUUUGUAUUUAGUAUAUGUACUAAACUUAUGAAAUGUUAAUUUACUCAUUCUCUAAUUUGCAUGGGCCGCUAUCUUAUUGCUUUCAUAAUGCUUGUACUGUAGUUCAUCCCAUCCGUGUCAAGAACUUUAAAAACUACAAAACAGUGCUAAAUGGACAGACUUUUUUAUGACUGUAUUUCAGUCAUUAUCUGGAAUUCGGUCAGCUCAAUUCAAAUUCUAGUGAUGACUAAAUUACUUUUUAUCAGUGAAAGUUAAAAUAUCGAUCAUGCAAAUGUCAUUUCCUAACUACCGCUAUUAUGUUCUUGCUGUUACGUACUGAUAUAUGUACAUGCAAUUGUUUAUUUAUACAGUUCGUUGCCAAGUGAGCGUUACGAGUUAAAACUUGAUGACCAAUCUGAGAAAUAUUCAGUUUAUUGUCGUAUGGAACCACUGGAUAAUGCAGAAUGUCAAGGAGGAGGAUGGACCUUGGUUAUGAAAACUGCUGUAGAUAAG